AUGGCGAUGCUGGUGGGAGAAUCCAACUGGAAAGCAGUGGCCUCCUUCUGUGAAACUGUCAUGAUUGCGAAGGAGGCCGCAGAGCGGGAUCGGGAGAGGGCCGACCCCGUUCGAAGACGAAGACGCCAAGGCGGUCGUAUCCAUCGCCCUGUGGACACAAUAACCAAAUGUUCUAUUAAGGACGAAGAAUGUCUAAGUAAAGUGUACGGGAAUGUUAUAACCAGCAUUGGGAAAAAUGGAAUACCAGAGUACGGUAUACCACCUAUCGAUCCUAUUGUCCUUAAGGACAUUAGUUUAUCUGUCGCCGGCUUGGCUGAUAUAACUUUGAUUGAUGGAAUUGUCAACGGAAUCACAGGAUGCACUUUUAAGAGAUUCGCUGUUGAUAUUGAAAAAGAAAGAUCUAAAAUUGAUAUCGCAUGCGAUUUAGUUGUUGAAGGCAAAUAUAAGUUGUCUUCUUCUAGUCCCUUGAUUAAAACCUUCUUAAAUGGUUCAUCAAUUCAUGGAGAAGGCACAGGAAAAGUAGAAUUACAAAAGAUAAUUUUGAAAUUAGAUUAUCCAUUCUACGCUUUCAAACGUGACGGUGAAAUCUACCUAAAAUGUGAUUAUAAGGCAGGCAAAUAUGACUAUGAAAUAUUGGGAAAACUUAAAUUUGAAGCUGACAAUUUGUAUUUGGGUGAAAAAGAAUCUAGCAAAGAAAUCGUAGACUUGAUGAACAAAAAUUGGAAACUCAUCGCUGAUACUGUUGGAAGACCGUUUGCUGACAGAGCCUUGGAUAUUUACGUCGAUUACAGCUCUAAAUUCUUCGACAAAGUGCCAGCAAAACAAUACAUUGCUGACGAUCUGAGUUCUUAUGCUAGGUCUUGAACAAUUUGU